AUCGAAGGCGCAAACCACCGAGACGUCCAUCCCUUCCACUUUAAUCUUACCCUGCAAUGCUAUUUUUCUAAUUCAUAAUCUGUUUUUGCGCGGACCUACUUAUCUAUAUGCUUGGCCUACACUCUUCUUGAUAUUUUUUUCAGCUUAUUCUUGCACGUCCAGUUUUUCUUUAGGGUUUAAUCUACUUGCAGAAGCUGAAGAACAUGGCAGCUUGAUUUGGAGUAUGGGGGUUGCAAAAUUACUUCUGCUCAGUCUCAUGUUGGUAUCAUGCUGUCCAUCUGCUAGCAAUGCAGAAUAUCUCAAAUACAAAGAUCCGAAACAACCAUUGGGAACAAGAAUCAAGGAUCUGAUCAGUAGGAUGAGCCUUGCAGAAAAGAUUGGCCAGAUGGCACAGGUUGAGCGCUCGGUAGCUACGGCGGAAGACAUGAAGAGAUACUUCAUUGGAAGUGUAUUGAGUGGUGGUGGGAGUGUUCCACGUCUGAAGGCGACGUCCAAGGAUUGGGUGGAUAUGAUCAAUGAAUUCCAAAAUGGCAGUCUUUCAACGCGGCUUGGGAUACCAAUGAUCUAUGGAAUAGAUGCCAUUCAUGGAAACAAUAAUGUGUAUAAUGCAACUAUUUUUCCACACAAUAUUGGGCUUGGAGCAACCAGGGAUCCUGACCUAGUGAAAAGGAUCGGUACUGCAACUGCUUUAGAAGUGAGGGCUACUGGCAUUCAAUAUACUUUUGCUCCAACUCUUGCCGUAUGCAGAGAUCCACGGUGGGGUAGAUGCUAUGAGAGCUACAGUGAAGAUCAUAAAAUAGUCGAAGAAAUGACUGCGAUUAUUCCUGGAUUGCAGGGGGAGAUUCCCGCUAACCAUGAAAAAGGUGUCCCAUACAUUGCUGGAAAGGACAAAAUUGCAGCCUGCGCUAAGCAUUUUGUAGGUGAUGGUGGGACUGUAAAUGGAAUUGAUGAAAACAAUACCAUUAUCAGCGAACACGGGUUGUUAAGUAUCCACAUGCCUGCUUAUCGGGAUGCCAUUAUUCGGGGUGUUUCGAGUGUCAUGGUCUCUUACUCUAGCUGGAAUGGAGAGAAAAUGCACGUCAACCGUUAUCUUAUUACAGACUAUCUCAAAAACACUCUCAAGUUUAGGGGCUUCUUGAUUUCGGAUUCAGGGGGGAUUGAUCGUAUCACCACACCAGUUGAUGCAAAUUAUACCUAUUCUGUUGAAGCCUCGAUAAAUGCUGGAAUAGAUAUGAUUAUGGUUCCUUAUAUGUUUAAGGAAUUCAUUAGUAAUUUGACUUCCCUGGUUGCCAGUGGGGCUGUUCCUAUGAGCAGAAUUGAUGAUGCUGUUAGUAGGAUUUUAAGGGUCAAGUUUGCCUUAGGUCUCUUUGAGAGCCCGAUGGCGGAUUUCAGUUUCAUGGCCGAGCUUGGGAAGAAGGAACACAGGGAGCUGGCUAGAGAAGCUGUUCGAAAAUCACUUGUACUAUUGAAAAAUGGAAAAUCAGACAGGAAUCCAUUUCUUCCCCUUCCCAAGAAAGCUCCAAAGAUCCUAGUUGCCGGAAGCCAUGCUGAUAACUUGGGUUACCAAUGCGGUGGCUGGACCAUCGAAUGGCAGGGGCUUGGUGGGGACAUCACAGUAGGAACUACAAUACUGAAUACUAUAAAAUCCACCAUUGAUCCUUCAACUGAGGUCCUAUACAAUGAGAAUCCAGACAUCAGUUUCAUGCAAGACAACAACUUCUCUUAUGCCAUAAUUGUUGUUGGGGAGCCACCUUAUGCCGAGUUCGCCGGAGACAACCUCAACAACCUGGUGCUUCUCGAACCCGCUCCGAGCACGAUCCAGACGAUCUGUGGCAUCACCCGAUGCGUCGUCAUCGUCAUCUCCGGCCGGCCUCUGGUGAUUCAGCCAUACGUUCCGGCAAUGGAUGCUCUUGUGGCGGCUUGGCUUCCUGGAACAGAAGGACAGGGCGUCGUUGAUGUUCUCUUUGGCGACUACGGGUUCACCGGAAAACUUUCACGAACUUGGUUCAAAUCGGUUGAUCAGCUUCCCAUGAAUAUAGGAGAUCAGAAUUAUGAUCCUUUAUUUCCAUUUGGUUUUGGAUUGACUACAGAGCCAAAACAGGCGAGGCCAAUCUCUGCUGCUGAUGAUGUUUCAGGGAUGAAUUAUUGGAAUUUUGCUGUAUUUAUUGCGUUACUGCUGCUUGGGUAAUGAAUGGCAUUUUUCUCUCCAAGCUAUAUGUUUCUUCGAUUUUUAUUUCUUAUUAUUAAUUUUAUUUUUUUGCGGAUUCAUUAGUCAAAUUUUGAUAAUAUUGGUUGCCUGCCGUUCAUCAAAUAUUGAGAUUUGUGCGAAUUUUUUGAUGAACUGUGAUCCAUCAUUCUGCAUUGUGAAGACUUUAAAUUUUUAGCACAGUUUAAGAAUAUUUUUUUCUGCCCGGUAAUGCUGAGCGAAAAACCUCACUAUUUACGUAUUAAAAUCAUGGGGCAUUUACAUACAUAUCACUAUAUAUAUAUAGAAAGGAAAUUUAUAUUUGGCCAUGCUCAUUUUGGCCUUAUGAUGAGAGCCCGUGUCAUAUGCCUAAAUUUCCCGAGCCCCGCGUCAUGGUGAGAUCAAACCCUUGACAUGAAGGGACUUACAGUGAUCCCGCCACCAAUAGGCCAAGACUUGCGGCACAACACACACACAUACACGUCCGGAAAAAAUGAAGUGUAGGAGAUAGAUAUGUAAAUAGAUAGGAAUUGAGUUAAUAUGUAUGUAACUGUUCCAAUUAUUUAAAUAAUCAGGGGUUAAAGAGGAAAGGCUUCUGUAUGAGACAGAUUGAACAAAGAGAACAAUGUUGGGAUUUUGAGGUAUUUGUAGUAAGCUGUUAGAUUAUUUGCUUGAAAUGGGAUCUGGAUAGAAUUAGUUUAUAAUUAUAGAACUUAGUUUGUAAAAAUUGUUCUUUUUUUAAGAGAGGCCAACCCUUCUCAAACGAUUUUCUUGGAUAAAAGGAGUUUGUCAGAUGAUUAUCUUUCUUCUAUUUUUACA